GCAACUAUUUGUUAAUUAGAAAUAAACUAAACAAGUGAAAAUUGUUUGUAUUCAGUGCAGGAGAAAUGACUUAAAUGACUCAUCCAGAUGUCAACCUCAACACCUGUGACAUUUCGAUUCACUUUGAAGCCAAGACUAGAGUUCUUGCAUAAUAAAAUUAAAAAUCAAGCAAUCACCAGUAAAAGUUAUAACCUCUGAUUUUGUUCUCUGGCCAACACUCUGGAUUGCACUCUUUGAGCAGAUAAUUUCUCAUAUUUUUGUUUUAUAUAAGUAUUGUAAAGCUUUUAAACAUGUCGUCAAAUUCUAAUCCUCGAACAACUGUUAAAGAAUAUUCCAUCAUUGUGCCCAAAAAUGUAAAUAAAAAAUAUCAUGUAAUGAGAUUUAAUUCUACCCUUGGGGUAGAGUUUGAUAAAUGGAGUCAGGUGAAAAUGGAGAGAGAAAAUAACAUGAGAGAGUUCAAAGGAACCCAUGAAGAAGAACAUCCAAAGUUUGGUGCAGGUUCUGAGUUUGGUAGAGAAGCAAAGGAGGAAGCUCGACGUAAAAAAUUAGGAAUAAUACCCAAAAAGUACAAACCUGACAAUCAGCCAUGGAUUCUAAAAUCAUCUGGCAGUACUGUGAAGAAAUUCAAAGGCAUUAGAGAGGGUGGUGUUUCUGAGAAUGCUGCUUAUUAUGUAUUUACACAUGCUGCUAAUAAUGUGAUACAAGCAUUUCCACUUAAUGAAUGGUACAAAUUUCAACCCAUUCAAAGAUACAAAGCUUUGUCAGCUGAAGAAGCUGAACAGGAGUUUAGCAAGAGGAAUCAACACUUGAACUUCUUCUCUCUUAUGUUGCGUAAACGGCUGAAGGGUGAAGAUGACACAGUUUUAGAUGGAGAAGGUGAGGAUGGUAAAGGAAAAGGUAAAAAGACAAGUAAAUCUAAGGAAUUGAAAAUAUCUGAAAUGGAUGAAUGGAUGGAAACAUCAGAUGAUGACUCAGAUGAUGAAGAAGAUGGUGAGAAACAAGAUGAUGAGGAUAAAGCAGACAAGAAAAAGAAGAAGGGAAAGAAAUUGGAUGUCAAGAAGAAGAAAAAGAAGCGUGAUACAGAUGGUGAAGCAUUUGAAGACUCUGAUGAUGGCGAUGGUGAAGGACGAGAAUUAGAUUAUAUCACUGAUAGUUCUGAUAGUGAACCAGAAACCUCUAAGCUCGAAGGUGUAGCAGAUGAGAAAGGUCUUAAGAAGUUGUUGAACUCAGACGAAGAGGAGGACAGCGACAGUGAUAAGUCCGAAAAGGAUGAGAACGAUGAAGACAAAGAGAAGUCUGAUGAGAAAGAAGACAAACCCAAGGAGUCUUCUAAGAGUAAGAGUAAAAAAAGCAAGAAGGAUUCGAAGAAAGAUGAUAAGAAAGAUAAAAAGGAUGACAACAGCGAUUUUAGUUCAGACAGUUCAACAGACGAAGAAGUAACGAAGAAAAAAGCGGCACAGAAGUCGAAAAAGAACAAAGGUGAGAAACCUGCUGAAGAAAAACCAAAACCUGAGAAGGAGGUUGAUAGUCCGAAUAGUUCUCGAUCAGGUAGUCCCACGCUUGAGAGUAAUAAAAGGAAAAUGGAUGGUGCAGUUGCAGGUGGAUCGGGACUACCACAAAAGAAAUCUAAGAUGGAGCCUGUUGUUAAUUAUAUUCCUGGAGCAAGUGAAUCUGGUAUAACUGAAGAUGCAGUACGUAAGUAUUUGAUGCGGAAGCCAAUGACUACUACAGAGUUGCUUCAAAAGUUCAAAUCGAAGAAGACUGGACUUUCCAGCGAGCAGUUGGUAAAUAUUAUGACGCAAAUAUUGAAGAAGAUCAAUCCUGUCAAGCAGAUGCUCAAAGGGAAGAUGUAUUUGUCCAUUAAGUCAUAGGGAAAGCUAGAUUUAGCUGAAUUAUGGAACAUGAAUGCCUUAUUUUAUUGUUCUACUUUACUUAUUACUUUUAUUCAUUUGUGUUAAGAAUUUUGUUUUAAUGAUUGGGAUCGAAUAAAAAAUUACAAAAACCAA